AUGGACGGCCUGGAUAGUUUGUUUAGCUGUCGUGUCAAUGUUGGUAUAGAGACAAGUCUUGAAAUGAUUGAAGCUGCUAAAAUGAUUUAUCUUAUUAAUACACUAGAUUUAAGAAAAAAUCUGUUUCUAACCAUGUUAGAAGAGGAAGUGUACGGUGAUGGUUCGCCUAUCUGGGAUACCGAGUUUUCUCAGGCCAAUGUUAUAACACAGGUGCUAUUUCAGAUGCCAGUUCAGUCGCCAGCUCUGAGAAAUCAGAUGACAAAAAUUGUACACCUGUCGCUUUACGUAGAUCGUCGAGAAAUGAAUCAUUGGCAGGUUAUACAGAAGAGAAAGUUGGAGGAAGUUUUAGUGCCGGAAGAAGUUAAAAAGCCAAAGAUUGAUGGAGAUGUUCCCAUGGAUCUUAUACAAGAGAUUGUAGCCACGAUCAAUGAUCCAGAGGAGAUGGUCGGCCCAGAUUCCUCGCUCUUCCCUAGUCAUGCACCAAGAGACGAGAGUGCGAGAAAUGAAGAGAAAAAAGGUGUUAUAGAAUUCCAUGUCAUUGGAAACUCUCUGAGUAGGAAACCUAGUCGACAGCUUCUAAUAUGGCUUAUAGGGAUGCAGAAUGUCUUCUCACAUCAGCUUCCUAGGAUGCCGAAAGAAUACAUUACAAGACAAGUAUUUGACCCGAAACACAAGUGUCUGGCAUUGGUAAAGGAUAAUAACGUUAUUGGUGGUAUAUGCUUUAGAAUGUUCCCAUCACAAGGGUUUACAGAGAUUGUUUUCUGUGCUGUUACAUCUAAUGAACAAGUUAAGGGUUAUGGAACUCAUCUGAUGAACCAUCUAAAGGAUUAUCACAUUAAACACAAUAUUGUACAUUUCCUCACAUUUGCUGACGAGUUUGCCAUCGGGUAUUUCAAAAAACAGGGUUUCUCCAAGGACAUAAAGCUACCAAAGUCAGCUUACUUGGGAUAUAUCAAGGAUUAUGAAGGGGCAACACUUAUGGGAUGUGAACUUAACCCUAGAAUCUGCUAUACUGAGUUCUCUAAGACAAUACGCAAACAAAAAGAGAUUGUAAAGAAAAUAAUAGAACAAAAGCAAGAAAAGUUCACGAAGGUGUAUCCAGGUUUGACUUGUUUUAAAGACGGAGUACGACAUAUCCCUAUUGAGAGUAUACCAGGUCUUCAAGACUGUGGCUGGAGACCUGCACCUGAUAAACCGAAGGAACCUGUAAUGGACUCUGAUCAGCUCUACAACAUCUUUAAAACAAUUCUACAGCACUGCAAGACUCAUGCUAGUGCUUGGCCUUUCCUGAAACCAGUGGAGAAAGCUGAAGCCCCUGAUUAUUAUGAUUACAUCAAGUUUCCUAUGGAUCUUAGAACAAUGGGAGAUCGUUUAAAGAACAGAUAUUACGUUCACAAGAAAUUGUUCAUGGCCGACAUGAUGAGAAUCUUCACAAAUUGUCGUUCUUAUAACAAACCUGAUACAGAGUAUUAUAAAUGUGCCAACACCAUGGAGAGAUUCUUCAACAAUAAACUCAAAGAAUUUUCUCUGAUUGACAGAUGAUAGAUCAUUAUGUUUCCUUAAAUAUUUGUUGUUAUCAAAAGCUUUUGGUGUAAGGUAAUUUCAAAGGUCGUCGAGCUUGAAAUUGGACUAGACUUAAAAUGAGUCAUUUUGAGAAUAAUCAAGAGUUCAAAAAGAAAAAGUUCUUAACUCGAUCUAUAAUCUAUGUUAAAUUGAACAUACAGGACAGUAAAUAUUUUGAACCUUUAUCAAAAAAGAUACAUAUAUGAAAAUGUCUCUUGACUUUGAUAUGUGUUAAGUUUGAUGGAGGAUGCAAGUUUAAAAAAGUUUAACUAUAAAGAUAUAAAAGUUUAAUUUGAAAUUACAUCUAGUUAAAUAACACUGACGUUAAUUACUGAUACUUUAGACCUCUGAUUUUAGUCAGAUAUUAAUUAAUGGUCGAUGAUUCAAGCUGAAACUUCAGAAGUGUUGAAGUUGAGAAGAAAAGUGGAAGUGGUUGAAAUUGAAACGGGUGCAAAAAAUAUAUGCACACGUCUCCAGAAAGAGAAAAGGAGGGAGAAAAGUAUGAAGGGUAUUUUUAUGGGUACAUCUAAAUGCUGUAAAAGUGAUUGAAUGGAAGUGUACUGUUUCCUUUGUUAAAGUUUAUUAUUCAUGACUUUUACAAGAUGUUAUGUAUUUUCAAUAUAAUUUGAACUAUGAUAUUAAUGUAAAUAUAUUUAUAUUUUAUCAUUUUAAUUAUAUUUUGAAAAGUCUGUCUCUGAAAGAAAAGCAAAAAUAUAUACAUUUAAUGUAUAGAGGAAUGCAGGAAAUAUUUUUGUUAUAAAUAUUGUACUGAUAUCAAGGUAAAUUGAUUAACAGUGAAUUAAACAAAAUGACAAAAUGCUAGUUUUUGAAUUAACUAUGUACCAGCUUGAUCUGAAAGUGAUAAAUCUAUGCCACCAGGAAUGAGCAAAGCAUGCACAGCAGUCUGACCGGCUUUGUUUAACUGAUAGCUUAAUAGCUUAAUAUCUUUUGUUGUGUAUAUUUUUGUAUAUUUAUAUUGAUUGACGGUUCUAGAUACAAAGCAAGAUAAGUCAUAUAUACAAAUUCAGCAUGAAAUGGGUUAAAGAUAAAAAGGAAACAUUUGUAAGAUGACUGAAUUUAAGAUGAAUGCAAAUUAAAUUUAUAUUUACACAGCAUUUAAAGUUUCUAAACCAAUAAUCAAUUUUAUAAGUGAAUGAUAAAUUUUAAGAAAUGA